AUGAGUAAAUUAUGGACUUUACUCUCUGCUCUUCAUUCCCUGGCUGGGCCCGUUGUGAUGCUGCUUUAUCCGUUAUACGCGUCCGUGAUAGCCAUAGAGAGCCCAUCUAAAGUAGACGACGAGCAGUGGCUUGCUUAUUGGAUUCUCUACUCUUUCCUUAGUCUCUCGGAACUCAUCCUUCAGUCUCUCCUAGAGUGGAUACCGAUAUGGUACACGGCGAAGCUAGUUUUGGUGGCAUGGUUGGUUCUGCCGCAAUUCAGAGGAGCAGCUUUCAUAUACAACAGAGUUGUGAGGGAACAGUUCAGAAAGUACGGCAUCCUCAAACCCAAGAUUGGAAGUUGUUAUGAUGACAUGAAAGUCCUUGUGCUUGUCCAAUCUCGUCUUGGACGGGUUGACCCAGAAGAUAACUAG